CAUAAAAUUUCCUCCUCUACUAAAACCCUACAAACUCUUUCUCGCUUAAACAGUUCAACUUAUUUACGCAAAACCCUAAUUUUCUCUCUGCUAUUCAAGCCGACGAAAAUGGCUCGAGGUCUGAAAAACCCUAAAAAGGCCAAAAGAAAAGUCAAGAAGAAGGAAAGUGGAGAAUCAUCAGCAGUACCAACUAUGCCUGCAAAAGUAUGGCAACCAGGUGUUGAUAAUUUAGAAGAAGGAGAAGAAUUGCAGUGUGAUCCUACUGCUUAUAAUUCUCUCCAUGCUUUUCAUGUUGGUUGGCCUUGUUUAAGCUUUGAUAUUGUAAGGGAUACACUAGGUUUAGUCAGAACCGAGUUUCCGCAUACUUUGUAUUGCGUCGCAGGGACUCAGGCAGAACAAGCUUCUUGGAACUCUAUUGGGAUAUUUAAAUUGUCUAAAAUAUCAGGCAAAAGGCGUGACUUAGUGCCGGAGAAAGCUGGUGGUGAUGGGUCUGAUAUGGAGGACGAAAGUGAUGAGAGUAGUGAUGAAGAGGAGAAUGAGGAAAAUGGUGGACCUAAUCCUCCGGUGUUGCAGAUACGUAAGAUAGCACAUCAAGGAUGUGUAAAUCGAAUACGUGCGAUGACACAGAGCCCUCAUAUUUGUGCGUCAUGGGGAGAUACCGGACAUGUACAGAUCUGGGAUUUCAGCAGCCAGCUUAAUUCUUUAGCUGGAUCGGAAACAGAUGUCAGCACUGGAGGAUCGAACUUGGAAACUCAGGCCCCGUUAAUGAAGUUUGGUGGCCAUAAAGCUGAAGGUUAUGCAAUAGAUUGGAGUCCUCUUGUGCCUGGAAGACUUGUAUCUGGGGACUGCGAUAGUCAUAUCCACCUAUGGGAGCCAUCAUCUAAUGCAACAUGGAAUGUGGACGCUACUCCUUUUGAUGGACAUGAUUUAAGUGUGGAAGAUCUCCAGUGGAGUCCUUCGGAGCCUGAUGUGUUUGCUUCAUGUUCUGUUGAUGGAACUAUUGCUAUAUGGGAUAUUCGUACGAAAAAACCAGCAGCAACUAUCAAGGCAAAUAAAGCUGAUGUGAAUGUAAUCUCAUGGAAUCGGGUGGCUAGUUGUAUGUUAGCAUCUGGAAGUGAUGACGGCACAUUUACUGUUCGUGAUCUUAGACUGCUCAAGUCGGGAGAAGAACCAGUAGUUGCACACUUUGAAUAUCAUAAACGCCCCAUCACCUCCAUCGAGUGGAGUCCACACGAGGCUUCCACCUUGGCAGUUACAUCCGAAGACAAUCAACUAACGAUUUGGGAUCUCUCCCUAGAAAGAGAUGAGGAAGAAGAAGCAGAAUUCAGAGCAAGGAUGAAAGAGCAAGUGAAUGCCCCAGAAGAUUUGCCACCACAACUUCUUUUCGUUCAUCAGGGUCAAAAGGAUUUGAAGGAACUACAUUGGCACACACAAAUCCCCGGAAUGAUAAUGUCUACAGGUUCAGAUGGUUUUAAUGUCUUAAUGCCUUCCAAUGUUGAAAGUACAAUCCCAGGAGCUGCUGAAGCUUGAAAGUCAAGGAUGAUUCAACAUAGCGAAGAACCACCUUCAUUACGAGCUUUCUUGCCUUCCAUCUAGUAGUAGCUUUAUAUUUUUCUUUUCGUUCUUUUUUUUUUUUUAGUUCUGCCAUAGAGUUUAAAUUUCACAAGACGAAAAAUACAGAUUGAAGAUAAAAGUUGUAACUGGAUAUAAUUUAAAUGCGCAUUUCUGCUGCUCAGUUGCUUAAUUUUGCAAAAACUUGUCGAAAACGCCUGAAAUUAAUAAUCUGAAUUUCUCCA